UCUCCGUAGAAACGACUUUUUGAGCGACCGCCAUUAUCGUACUCGACAAUCGUAGUUUGGCUUCUUUCUAGUUGACGCUUCACUUGUACAGAUAUUUUAAAAUAUUUCUAAAAUGGCCGACGCAGACGAUCUUCUCGAUUAUGAAGACGAAGAACAAACUGAACAAAAUACUUCGGAGGCAGUUGCUGCUGCUGAACCGAAAAAGGGUGUAAAGGGUACUUAUGUAUCUAUACACAGUUCUGGUUUCAGAGAUUUUUUGUUGAAACCUGAAAUUUUACGUGCCAUUGUUGACUGUGGUUUUGAGCAUCCCUCUGAAGUUCAGCAUGAAUGUAUCCCACAAGCAGUUCUUGGUAUGGAUAUUCUGUGCCAAGCCAAAUCCGGUAUGGGUAAAACUGCCGUGUUUGUAUUAGCAACGCUACAGCAACUAGAGCCAACUGAAAAUGUGGUUUAUGUAUUGGUCAUGUGCCACACUAGAGAACUCGCUUUCCAGAUCAGCAAGGAAUAUGAAAGAUUCAGCAAAUACAUGCCAACAAUCAAGGUUGGUGUGUUUUUCGGAGGAUUGCCUAUCCAAAAGGAUGAAGAACUUCUAAAGAACAACUGCCCCCACAUUGUUGUUGGUACCCCUGGAAGAAUUUUAGCACUAGUCCGAUCCAAGAAGCUCAACUUGAAGCAUUUGAAACAUUUCAUUUUGGAUGAGUGUGAUAAAAUGCUAGAGCUCUUAGAUAUGAGACGUGAUGUUCAAGAAAUCUAUAGAAAUACACCACAUGGCAAACAAGUUAUGAUGUUUAGUGCAACCUUGAGCAAAGAAAUUCGUCCAGUGUGCAAAAAAUUCAUGCAAGAUCCUAUGGAAGUUUAUGUUGAUGACGAAGCCAAACUUACAUUGCACGGUUUACAACAACAUUAUGUAAAAUUGAAAGAAAAUGAAAAGAAUAAGAAGCUCUUUGAACUUCUUGAUGUUUUGGAAUUCAACCAGGUUGUCAUUUUCGUUAAAUCUGUUCAAAGAUGUGUUGCAUUAGCCCAAUUAUUGACGGAGCAAAAUUUCCCUGCCAUUGGUAUCCAUCGUAACAUGUCUCAGGAAGAAAGACUUUCCCGUUAUCAACAGUUCAAGGAUUUCCAGAAACGUAUACUGGUAGCAACUAAUUUAUUUGGAAGAGGGAUGGAUAUUGAAAGAGUGAACAUUGUAUUCAACUACGAUAUGCCUGAGGAUUCAGACACUUACCUGCAUAGAGUAGCCAGAGCAGGUCGUUUUGGUACCAAAGGGUUAGCUAUCACCUUCGUUUCAGAGGAGAGCGAUGCCAAAAUCUUGAAUGAAGUCCAGGAUCGCUUUGAUGUGAAUAUUACAGAAUUACCCGAUGAGAUCGAUCUAAGUUCUUACAUUGAAGGAAGAUGAGCUGCUGUAUAAAAUUAAGGAAUUGUUUGUAUUGGAUGAUUGAAUAGAUGUGAUUAAUUUGAGUUUGUUAAUGAAACAAUAGAAUGUUUUUAAGUGAUUAAUAAGAUUACUAUUAUAUAGUAUUUAAGUA